AUGGUUCAAAUAGCUUCCCUCUUUACCCUCCUUGCCGUGGGCACCUCCGUAUUCGCCACCCCCAUGGUUAACGUCGACACCAUCUCCGUCGAGCAGGGCCUGGCUCUCCGCGCCCCCAGCGAACUUCACAACGUCGCUCGCCCGCCCGCCGGUGGUGCAGCCGUCGCCGCCAUCGCCCCCGUCAUCAUCGACAUCGCCACCCGCGUCGUCGAGAUGAUCGACAACAUCAGGGACGACGUCGAGCGCCGCAAGCAAUUCACCCAACGCGUCGUCUCCGACGUUCACGCCCGCUACCCCGGCUUCAACGUCGUCGUCUGCAACGUCGGCUACAAGCUCGAGGGCCCCGGAUACCAGAACGUGGUCUCGACCAAGUACCGUGCGGCAGUUGGCGCCGAUGUUACCUAUGAUGUUGUCUUGUUUAGCUCGCCCAAGACUUUUACUCGCCAGGGUGAUGGUGGAUUCCAGAACUGGGCCUACCUUGUUGGCAAGCAGUGCCGCACCAACGGCGGAUUCAUUGACUGUCCCAAGCACUAA